CUCAGUUCGCAGAUCGGUGGUGGCGCUCUAAAUGCUUUCAAAGUCCCGCAAACGGCAAACCCGUUUGAACUGUCUACGCGAACGGUUGUGUUUUGCGUUUGAUUGUGAAGCGCGCGAAGCUGUCGCGGCGAACUUGGUGUGUUAUUAUAUUUCGCGAAGUUCCCGUUGCCGUGGUGACUGCACGGUGAAAAACAUUUUGUCCAGUCGAGGGAACAGACUGUCGUUCAUGGUGUAGUGUCUGUAUCUGUGGUGGCACUUGAACUGUUGUUGUGAACUCAUAUAGCUUUACAGCUGUGCGACUCGCGUGUUGACGACAACUGGUGUGUGCGUUUUAGUUCAAGCAAACGAGACUGGAGGAUUGCGAAGAAUAUAAACAGAUAUUAACCAGGUAGAUCUGGCUCAGCCGCAGAUGUAUGAUGGCCAAGUUACCUGCAUGUUUGCGUGUACGGCAGAUAAGCUGAAAAGGUUGAAUCUACACGGUGUAGGUGCUUGCGUACGCGUGUGAUGUUUUGACGAAAUGUUGUGAAGUUCGUAGUUUAUAGGGCGUAUGGAAAUUGUGCAACUGUGGCCCAAGGAUAGUCUGUGGACGAGGAUAUCCUUAUACGAAGUGACCAGAGUAUUCCACAAGUAACCUUGUUUUUGGGAUCGAAGUCCCCUACCACACUACACAAAUCACGCAGAGUGCUGUGAUGAGGAAGUGAAACUUGCUGACCUAGUGUUUACGCAGUGUGCCGUCGUGAUUGACCUGUGAUCAAGUACAGGACACCUUGUGAUCGCUUCGAACAAGCGACGAACCUGAGCUCCGUUAUCAGCUCGAUCUCCAAAAAUAUUUUAGUGCUGACAAACAUACUGACAAGGGAGCAUUGCGCUACCAGGGGAAGUUCUGUGAGAAGUUAAUGACUGGCGGAUGUCGAUUGUUGACGCUUCGUAGUGUGUACACCUAAAAAAAAUAUUGACGAACCAAAUUGGGAGUUGAAAUGCAAAACAGUGUGUGACCAAAAUUGAAAAUAUUUCUGCGAUUAAUCAUUACAACAGACCAGUGUCGUAGUCUACGUUGUCGCUUGUGUCGUGUGUACCAGUGAUUCAGACCUAACACUAGUAGGUACAUAACUCAUAAAUUUGUGUCGGUUUGAUGCAGUGAAGGAAUUUUGAAAUCCAUCGUCGUCAACGUCGUCGAGGGAACGAACGAAGCAAAAAUUGACAGAAGAGAAGCCCAAAAGUGAAGGCACUUGAUUAUAUAGUGGCACUGGUAGCAAAUACAUUCACAUAAUACAUUCAACGUUCAAAAAGUGCUGCCUUUCUGGGUGAGGUUUUUCGUGCCCAUCUUCAUCUUCAUCGAACAUCAAGAGUGGAAUAACUAGGAGAAGGCAGUGUGUGUUAUUUUCGGCAGACCUAGACUUUGUGUUGUUGUUUUGCGAGGAGUUUUCUUGCUGGCCUGCUACUAAAGGAGAACUUUUGGCUGAACUUUACGCUAUUUUAAGACGCAAAAAGGUGAUUCUAACAACCACAAGGAACAACAAAUGGUUAAACACCUCCUGCUGCAGGAUAACGGUACUGUACCAGACAACUUCUCAUCAUGCUACUUAUGUACGAAAUGCCCGAUCGUGACUCGAAAUGAGAGUAACAACUUCCAUGGGUGUCAAUCAUAGAGGCAACAGCAGCUCCGAAAGCAAUUGACCGAUCCACCAGCGUCGGACGAUGUGAUACAGAAAGCAUCCCAAAGCCGAAGAAAUGAACGAAAGAGGCACCGACUGCCAGUACCGAACACCUCCAUUGAAAUAGCUCCAAAUAGCCCAGUGGCCAGUAUUUCUCUUCACCCAGCAAAACACUUCUUUCUCUUCUUACGAAGCUAUCCCAUCUACUGGGAUCUAUCCCUCAUAGGGACUCAACAUCAAACCAUGCGACGAAAUGUGCAAACAGGCGUGGCCACCCUUCGGUUAGGACCCUGUCGAAGUGGCAGCAACAGUCGAAAACGGACGUUAGCUUCAACUUUGGUUGGCUUCCUGGCCUUUGGGUUGCUCCUUGUGGUCACGCCUCCCAGGGUCCAGGGUGGUCUCAUUGUCAAACGAGAAGCGGAGGAUCCAACCACCGUUGCACCUUCAGUCGCCGAAUCUGAACUUUCCACUCCGGUGCCUACCACUCGGACCGUCGACUUCGAAACCGAUAAAGCGUCCACGCCUCGGGUUAUAGAAUAUGGAUAUGAUAACGAAAAGGAUGCAUCUUCAGAGCAAGCCACGGUGGCCGAGCUGAGACAGGUGGUGGAAACGACGGAUCCAACCGAGAUAGCACCCGCUUCGAUUACGGUGGCACCAUCGGUGGCCGCCCCAAAAGCACCUCCCACCCGACCAGAUGCCCCAACGACCGUGGUAGCUCCCACCAGGGAUGCUUCGGCGUCACCUUCUUCCACCGAGUCCGGUGAGCAGAAGAUGGCUCGCCUCCGGUUGGAGCACCAGGAAGAUACUGCGACGGAAACUCCGGUGGAACAAGUCGAAAAACACAGUGCCGAAGCGACGACAGAGAUACCGGCAAGUGAGACCACGACCAUCGUCAGUAUCGUCGAUGAUGAUGAUGAGGAAUCCGAACUCUCCGAUAUUCGACCGGUCGUAGAGGACCAACGAGAUGAUGUCGAGAUGCCACGGUUCGAUCUCAAUCGGUACACCUCCCCGUCCAACUUUUCACGAGGAGGCAUAUCGCUAGAAGAGGCUCGAAUUGAGCGGGAGCAAUUUUUCGCUGACAAAUCCGCGCCAACUACGGAAUCGCCUAACUUUUGGGAAACAACUACUACGCUAGACUCCCUAGCGGACAGUGAAGAAAGCUCAGCACAGUCGGCAAAUGAAUCUAACGAAGUGGUCGUUGUGCCGGAAGCACUGGUCGAACGAAAUCAUACCAUCGAAAGCAACAGAAGCGUGUCGGUGGAGAAGUUGGAGAUCGAGAACACUGACUACGAACUGGUGUCCAACGAGGUUCGUGGUCAGAAUCAGACUGUGCCAACGACGAAAGCGAAGAAGGGCAAGUUCUUGGAUCAGUUCGGCGCAACCGAGGAUAACGAUAUCAAUGGCGCAGCAUGGGCGUUAGCUAGUAUGAGAAUUGUAGAUCGGUCAUCUAGCAAAGCGGGAACGGUGAGUGCGGAGAGUGUGGAUGUUAUUCGCGACGAAAAUGAGAAUUCCGUUGCUAACAAUACGCUGAAACAGCUGAUGGACUGGGCUAUGAUCAUGCAGGAUGCAGACUUUGCAAACAGCUCGUUUGUUAAACCGACAAUUUCGGAGCCUGAAAUUGAGUUGAAAAAUGAACUGAAGGAUCGGCGGAAGUACGCAAAUAAGACUCCAUCCGUUUUGGAUGCUCUGAGUGAAGAGAACAGGAUAACUUCCGUUGUAACGGAAAUAACUCCGGAUAUACUCGAAGAGACGACAACUGCUAUGCCCAAUGCAAAGUUGAUAGCAGAAACAACCUCUACCACUGAAGCGGCCGACGAUGAUCUGGAAGAUUUUAAAUUUGAAGACCGAAGCAAGAUUCCUAUUGAGGCAACCAAACGGACUGAGUUGACCAACUUUAUUCAAGAGACAACUACCGCUUUCAAUGUCAAAACUGAGCAGGUUGUAACCACUGUGCGACCAACUCGUGGUUAUGAAGUCAAUGAAAACAAUGAUGAAAGCGACAGUUUUGCUCUCCCUGGAAGAACUACUACUACUGUUAGAUAUGAACUUAGCACUACAACUGAGGACAUGCCGGUGACCACUUAUUCGCCUGCAUCUCCAAUCAUUAAAAAGACUGAAGCCACAACGGAAGCAAUUCCGCUAACCACAUUUGAAUCGAUGCGUCCAACUCGAAGACCCAUAGCAAUCACCACCACCCAAGAACCGAUCACAACCAAUUCUGCCCGAACUAUCGAAGAAACCACCCCUCAGUUGACCACCACAAUGACCACAUCCACUAGCACUUUGCUUCCACCUACGAGGGAAGUACUCGCAAACUCUCUACCACGAAAUUCAGAUGAACAGACUUCGUCAGAAGUUGACCCUAACGCUAUCAACCAAACCAAUGAAGAGCUCUCAUCCAUGACCACCACUACCACCGCAGUACCCACUACGCUAUCCGUCCGAAAAUCAACCGAACCUCUCUUGACCCAGCAGUCCACCAUUCAGCCUACCCUGGUUGAAUUCCGUCCAACUGCCGGUACCACCGACAAGGUCGACCUAUCCACCGAAUCCGCCGAAGAGCCGACCAACUCCAACCAGCCGGUUCUCAUCGACGACAAGAACGUCUACAACACCGUAUCAGAAACCACUCCACCACCGAUUCCACAACCGGAACCAUCGGCCUCGCCGGAACUGGAACCCGCCGGCACCACUCGCCGAUCGUCGCUCGACCGCCAAAUGACAACCACCACCACCGAACUGUCCGAGGAGGAAUCCGUCACCGAAGAGGACUACGUCGAACUGAACAACAACAACAGCGGUUCGUCCCGGUCCCCACUUGACCAGGAUCAGACGUCCCCAUCGCAGACACCACCUCAGCAGGACGAAGAGGAGGAAGGCAGCGGCGUGGUCGUAGCCGUCGUGGCCAGCCUGGUCAGCGUGAUCGUGGUGUUGCUGUUGGUUGCGGCGUUUUUGUACUAUCCGCAAUUGCAGUUGAUCUUCCGCAAGCGACAGGCACAGGUCUCCUACGGGCAACGGUGCCGCCCGGUCGGGCUGGACGCCUACAGUCUGGACAACGUUUCGGUGUACAACAGCGUACGGCGCAAGGGUAACACCAUGCGGAUGUCCAAGCGGUCGUACGGGAAUUCGGCUUUCGAGGAUCCUGGGCUGAAGACCAAUCCGUUGACGGUGGCCGAGUUGGCCAACAUCAUUCAGAACAAGACGGCCAUCUACGACGAGUUCAAGGAGAUUCCGAACGUGACGGCCCGAGCCGAUGAGGUUCCCGAGGGAUGUGAGGAAAAGAAUCGAUACGCGAAUGUUGUGCCACUCCCGGAGACGAGAGUUCAUCUGAAGCGGAUCAACGACGACGAGAAGACUGAGUACAUCAACGCGAACUUUGUUAAGGGUCCGAAAGACAACACCAACUACUACAUAGCCUGCCAGGCACCGAUGGAGAACACUAUCAACGACUUUUGGCGCAUGAUCUGGGAACAGAACUCCAAGGUUAUCAUCAUGGCGACCGAUCUGAGCGAAAGUGGCGUCGAGAAGUGUGCCGAGUAUCUGCCACCGUCGGUCGUGCUCGACAACAACCGAACUUUCGGGGACUUCCAGCUGACGCUGAAGAACCGCGAAAACAAGGAAAAGUACACAAUCUCGACGGUACAUCUGCGCAACACGCAGACGAACACCUGGCGUGAGAUCAUGCACUUCUGGUAUCAGUGGCCUGACACCGGUGUGCCAAUCGAUGAGUCCUCGAUCAUAGCGAUGCUACUGGAGGCCCGUAGCUACUCCCGGUUGGCACCUGGAGAGCUAGCCGAGGCUCCCAACGGCAACGGAGUCCAGAACGGAGGCAGCAACAACACUACCGCCGUCAACAACACCGUCAUCACCAGCAAUGGCAUCAACGGCGGUAUAACCAGUAUUGCCGAGGAGCCCACGUCGGUCGAUACCAACGAGUCUAGUAGCGUAGCGAUAGGUAGCAAUAAUGUAGAUAAUUCCAAUAACAAUAACAACAAUCCGCUCGGUAAAGUCACCUCGGACGGGGCUCCACCGAACAGUCUGAUGAGCAACGGAGGCACCAUGGACAAACACAAAUCGCUGCAGCGAACUCAGGGACCAAUCACGGUGCACUGUUCACCGGGAACCGGACGCACCGGAACGAUCGUCGCGUGCGACGUGGCACUACGGGCGGUCGAGAUUCCACCACGGACGGUGGACAUUCCGCACAUAGUGUACUACGUCCGACGGGGACGGGCCAGUGCGGUGAGGACACGAGAACAGUACGAACUGAUCUAUCGGGUUGCCAACGUUUACGCUACCAAACUGACGGGGCCGACGAUAGAAACAUGAGAACGACUCAUUUAAAAUCAAGUAUUGUGAGUACAUUCGAACGACAACGAUGACGACGACGACGACAACGGUAGCCAGCAGUGACCGCAUCCAUGAACGGCCCCGUCUCUUCUAUUGGCGUCAUAGUAAAGAUAGCAAUAGGAAAAGUGCAAUCAUCAAUGGUCAUAGCAACUGCAGCCAAAGCAUAAUUAAUUCAUAGGAGAUACGUCUUGAACUCCAGGCAAAAUUAGCGCGUAAUUGUGCCGAAUCGAAUUCGAUUCGGCAAUACUAAUCUCUGGACUGUCGUGUGAAAAUUUCCCGAACAUUUUAGCGCUGUGACAAAUUUUUAGCAACUUCUGAUUCUUCCUAAAAAACAUCCAACAGCUACAACUUCAAACCAGUAUAAGUUUAGAGCAAUAGUCUUUUAGAACACCGAUCAGCACACCCUAAACCACCAACCACGAAAGGAGUCGAAUGGCGGGGGUUGGUCGCAUUCCAAACCAGUCUCUUUUGCCUCACGAAGGUCAAGGAUUUGAAAAUCUCGAAUCUUCAAGAGUUGCCAGAUCCUUGUCGACGUUGGGAACAUAAGCGACGUAGCGAACCAACCCGCAACUCAUAAUACUUGAUUUUAAUCUCUAGUGGGAUAGAGACUAAAAUUAUCGACAGAAAAAAAUAAUACAAAACAAAAUGGCGGAUGGCAGUGUUGCCAUUCUCUCAGCAAGAAAGCGACAAACGCAAAUGAGAAUCCUUUUGUAAAGUUUAUAGGCAAAUCUUCCCUGAAACGUAUACCUAACAAACCACGUACUACUACUACCACUAAAGCAUACUACUACUAGUAUGAUUCCCUCACGAGAUUGCACUGUUCAAUUUAGCACCCCAACAUCCUCAGAAUAGAAAAAAAAUCCUAGCAAACUCCAUUGUUAGAUAGUUUUAUAGAUGCUAUGUUUUCUGUUUAGUUAUUUAGAAGGAUUACAAACACUGAUUCGUUGUUCUCUGGCGUUUCAACAAAGCCAGGUUUUCUCCUAUUAUACAGAUUGGGACGCGAUUUCAUGAUGAUUGUGUUCAAACCUCUAUAAUGUACUGCAGAGAAUGAGACACGGACACUUUGUACCUUUUUUUUUGGUUUCUCUAAUUGGUUAGGAUAACUAUUUAGUUUAGGACGAGGCCCGAAUAGUUGAAGCAAUCAAAACUACGCCAUGCAUUAUACUUAUGAUGCUGAUAAAGUGCAAACAGGCACUUUAUCAGCCAUGUAAGAUAAGUUGAGCGAAAUUGACUGAGUUUGACUACCUCGGAACCAAACGGAAAAUUCAACGUACGGUCUGAUUCGGAAGUACGUUAAACACAUUGCAAUAUUAGCUUAAGGUGAUUAGCUACAAAACAAUACUACGUAAGAACCACAAAUCAGUAAGCAAUGCGGAAUUUGUCGAAAGAAAGCGGAAAGGAAGUGUCAUAUCGUAUGGGUUUGUUUGUUUUCGUCCGUGGUGCUACAGAACGCUAAAUGUAUUACCUAAGUACACACUAAAUUGCAAUUACGACGCUCGCUACGUUAAAUACUUGAUUAUUCGUAAAUCACCCGCAUCCACGCACUUAUUCAUACGCAUAGAACACUUGUAUAGAAAAUUGUGAUAAUUUAUAUUUAGAGAUUUCCUACCAAGUGGAUAUUUUCUUAUAAAAUGUUAGCGAAAGAGGGCAAAACAGGCUUUAGCAUCGGUUUGAGUUAAACGUAAAUCUAAACAAACGCACAUUCACGUGCAGUGUACUAUUUAUAUACUCUCAUACAAUUUAUGAAACAAAUGUUAUAAACAAACUGGACUGGACUGAGAAUCUAGAACUAGAGUUAAAACAAAAUCAGAUUUCCGGCUUUCAAGAGAAGCAGUGGCGUAAGAUUAUAAAAGCACACCAGACGCUUACCAGGAAGCUCACACGUGCACGUAUCACGUGUAAUAUCUACAUAGCCAGCCGUUGUUGAAACAGAUUUCCAAAAGUUGCAGAGCGACAUCGGCUUUAGAAGCUACCCACGAACACAUUGUUGCUCUAACACAUAUAGACAUCAACUAUUACUAUCAUAAGAAGCUAUAUACUAUAUUGAAAGUGCUCAAACUGGCUCCACCAGAGCCAGCAGAACAGGCAACAACAAAUUGAAUCAAUCAUCAAGAAUCAUCAUAUCUCAUUUUUGACAUUUGUAUUGUACUACAGACGCAGCGUAUUGAUGAUACCAAGUUGAAGUUUACAAUAAAUGAUUACUAUUGAAAAAAUAA